AUGGUGCGCUCAUCGCUGCUCGUCUCGCUCGCGGCGGCGGCGGCCACCACCGUCGCCACCACCGCGUCGAGCAACAUCCUUCCCGGCAGCUUCAUCGUCGAGUUUGAGCCAGACCAUGACACCAAGGCCGUGGUCGCCGCCGUCGAGAAGGAGGGCAAGACGCGCAUGAAGCUCGACUACGAGCUCUUCAAGGGCGUCUCGGUCCAGCUCAACGACCCGAAAAAGGCCGAUGAGAAGGCCGCCAAGCUCGCCGCCAUGCCGGCCGUCAAGGCCGUCUACCCCGUGCGCCUGUACGACAUGCCCAACCCGCGCGUCGAGUGGGUGGGCAAGGAUCCCGAGGUGCACUUUGCCGACGUCGCGCGCCGUGCUGCUGCCAAUGGCACUGACGACACGUACUCGACGCACGUCAUGACGCAGGUCGACAAGCUGCGCAAGGAGGGCUAUACUGGCAAGGGCGUCAGCAUUGCCGUCAUUGACACUGGUAUCGACUACAAGCAUCCCGCUCUCGGCGGCUGCUUCGGCAAGGGCUGCCUCGUGACCAAGGGCCAGGACUUCGUCGGCGACGCCUACGACGGCUUCAACACGCCCGUCCCGGACCCGGACCCCAUUGACUGCGGCGGCCACGGCUCCCACGUCGCCGGCAUCAUCGCCGCGCAGCCCAACAAGUUCGGCUUCACGGGCGCCGCCCCCGACGUCACCCUGCACGCCUACAAGGUGUUUGGCUGCACCGGCCAGGUCUCCAACGACGUGCUCAUCGCUGCCUACAACCAGGCCUACCAGGACGGCGCCAACAUCAUCACCGCCUCCAUCGGCGGCGCCAGCGGCUGGUCCGAGGACCCCUGGGCCGUCGCCGUCCAGCGCAUCGUCGAGAAGGGCGUGCCCUGCACCGUCUCUGCCGGCAACGACGGCGCCCAGGGCCUUUUCUACGCCAGCGGCGCGUCUGACGGCAAGAAGGUCACCUCCAUCGCCUCGUUUGAUAACAGCGAGACCCCCAUCCUCCUGUACGACGUCAACUACUCCAUCGACGGCGGGGAGGAUGUCAAGUUCGGCUAUGUGCCUGGCGAGCCGGCCGAGUGGAAGGGCGUGACCCUUGAGGCAUACGCCACCUCCACCGACCUCAACAUCAAGAACGAUGGUUGCGACCCGCUUCCCGACAGCACACCUGAUCUGAGCAACAAGAUUGUCCUCAUUCGCCGUGGUAGCUGCGUCUUCACACAAAAGGCAGCUAACGCUGCCGCGAAGGGCGCCAAGUAUAUCAUGAUCCUUAACAACGUUGGCGGUGCCGGUGGUAUCGACGUCCGGGCCGUUCCUGGCAUUGUCGGCAGCGGCAUGACCCUCAAGAGUGUCGGAGACACGUGGCUCACUGCCAUCAAGGCCGGCAAGAAGGUGACGCUUAAGAUGGCUGGCAUCAAGGACACUAGCGUCUCCCUCAUUGUCGUUCAGAACAACGUGACCGGCGGCGCCCUCAGCGGAUAUACGUCCUGGGGCCCGACUUGGGAAAUGGACCUCAAGCCUCAGUUCGGCAGUCCUGGCGGAAACAUUCUAUCUACAUACCCCUUGGCUUCAGGUGGCUACGCUGUUCUGUCGGGCACGUCAAUGGCCUGCCCCCUCGCGGCCGGCAUCGUCGCCCUCAUCGGCCAGGUCCGCGGCACGUUCGACCCCGCCACCAUCGAGCAGCUGCUCUCUGGUAACGCCAACCCGCAACUCUUCAAUGACGGCUCGAGGUUCUAUCCGUUCCUGGCCCCCACGGCCCAGCAGGGCGGUGGCCUCAUCCAGGCCUGGGACGCCGCGCACGCCACCAUGGUCAUUGAGCCCUCUGGCCUCGCCUUCAACGACACCGACAACUUCAAGAAGGAGCUCAAGUUCAAGAUCCAGAACAUUGGCAAGAAGGAGAUCACCUAUAAGCUGUCUCACGUUCCCGCAAUUAGCAUGUAUACGCUCCCCAAGGACAAGAUCUACCCUGCCGCCUUCCCCAACGAGGCCAUCCAGGUCGCGGCCAGCCUGAAGCUCAGCCCGGAGUCGGUGACCAUUGCUCCCGGUCGGACUGCCACUAUACGCGUCGAGGCUUCGCCUCCUUCUGGCGUCGAUGGCAAGCGACUGGCUGUGUGGGGAGGCUGGGUCGCCGUCAACGGCACCGACGGCUCCUCGCAGUCCAUCCCCUACCAGGGUCUUACCGGAUCGCUCCACAGCUCGAAGGUCUUGGCCGAGGACGACACUUGGAUCACGAAGUCCAACGAUGACAAGUUGAAUCCCGUCAACCCCAAUGCGACAUUUGCCAUCCCCGCUCCCGGUAACGCCGACGGGAGCUCGGUUCUUCCCGCGCUGGCCGUCAACCUGGCGCUCGGCUCGGCCCUCAUGCGCGCCGACAUCGUCCCCAUGACCACCUGCCCCCCCAAGAACCUGACCAGUGAGGUCUGGGGUGUCAAGACCAUCGGACAGCCGUACGGCUUUCCUGCUCGGUGGAUCACGCGCGGUGCCGCAAAGUAUGCUUGGGACGGCCGCCUCGACUCGGGCAACUACGCGCCUCCGGGCAAGUACAAGUUUGUCGUCCGGGCGCUGAAGAUCUUUGGCGACGACAGCAAGAAGUCGGAAUACGACGUCAGCGAGUCGCCGAGCUUCUAUAUCAAGUAUCAGUAG